UAUUUAAUGGGAUGGCAGAGUGAAAAAGGGAUCACAGAUGGUGAGAUAUUGGUCAGUGUGGGAAGUGUCAAUUUAGUUUAAUGAAUUUUCAGAUCUUACACUUUUAAAAAAGACAAAAAGCCCGUACAGCAUGUCUGCUAAAUUUACAGACCUUUCUAGCACAUUUAACCAGCUCAAAUUACCCCUAUUAUAUUGUACAUGUACAUAAUCUUUUCUUCCUCCACGCCUAAAAGAGAAUCUCCACCAUUAAAACCUUCUUGUCUUCAUUCCCCAAGCAAAACCCUAAAUGGCCCCAAAUCCAACUAAAUAUAUUUAUCAUUCAUAUUGAGUACAUACACAUAUACAUAUAUAUUCUCUCUCGGUAUCAUCAUCUUCUUUAGUUUUGACAACAAUGGACCUAGAAGAGAAAGUCUCCAUGGACCUGCAAGCUCCACAACCAGAGCAUCUUUGCUAUGUGAGAUGCAACUUCUGCAGCACUGUUCUUGCGGUUGGGAUUCCAUGCAAAAGAUUGCUGGAUACUGUGACAGUGAAAUGUGGUCACUGCAGUAAUCUCUCAUUUCUCAGCACUAGACCUCCACUUCAAGGCCAAUGUUUUGAUCACCAAAUGAGCCUAAGCCUUCAGAAGCAGAGUUUUUGUAGCGACCUGAAGAGGGGCCAGUCAUCAUCGUCUUCAUCAUCCACGUCGACGACAUCUAGUGAACCAUUGUUCCCCAAGGCACCUUUUGUCGUGAAACCACCUGAGAAGAAACACAGGCUUCCAUCUGCUUACAAUCGAUUCAUGAAGGAGGAGAUACAGCGUAUCAAAGCUGCCAACCCGGAGAUACCACACCGAGAGGCUUUUAGCACAGCAGCUAAAAAUUGGGCAAGGUACAUUCCAAAUUCGUCAAGUACUGGAUCUGUUUCUGGAAGCAGCAACGCAGGUUUAGAGCUUGGAGGGAUGAAGUAGCAUGUCGCAGUUGGACAGAUACGUACGGCGGGAUCAGCGGUAAACCCAGAUUGAUGCUGAUCAUGAGCUUUCAACAUUAAUUAUAAUUAGCUGGUUUAGUUUAGAUUAAUUAACUUGAAACUUGUUUUUCUCGUCAGAUAUAUGAUAUUAUAUCAUGCAUGUUUAGUUUUUCCUGUGCCAUUUGAACUGGGCAUGUAUGUCAAAUUAAGUUUCCUAUAUUAUUUGA